CACCAAGUUACGAAAAUGCUAUCGCGCCCGGUGCGUACUCUCGCGGUGGUGUCGACUCUAGCAAUGACGGUCCUGGCAUCGUCGGACCCUGCGUCGCCCGGCGCGCAGCAGCGGUCGCAAGGGUGCGCCACCAACUUUAGCCAGUGCAAUGGACAACACUGGCCCCAUGGCGUGUGCUGUAUCGACCCUACCUUCACGUGCCAAGAAGUGACCCAGUACCUGUCGCUGUGUGUCCCCAAGCCCGCCUCCAUUCGCGUCGGGUUGUACGGUCAGUGCGGAGGGCUGGCCUGGCGAGGUCCAGUGGACUGUGUCGACGAUUCGACCUGCGUUGUUGUCAAUGACUACUACAGCCACUGCUUUCCCAAUCCAGCGUCGACAGGUGCACCGACAACUGCACCGACACGUGCCAGCACUACCUCGGUUGCGCCGUCGUUGGCGCAAGACCCGGUGGACUGCGACGAUGACGACGACACGAUUGGGUUUCACAACGAAGAUGGCCUCCUUACCAACCUAACUAUCGACGAAAUCAACGCCCUCUACACUGCCACGUACUUGGAAGCCAGGGGCCCAGCUUUGGGACCGUAUGCCCAAUGUGGGGGGCUCAAGUGGGCUGGGCAAACCGUUUGCGUCCAAGGGUUCUACUGCCGCGCUCAAAGCGAGUACUUUUCCCAGUGCGUACCCAUCCCCGACCUCCCCGGCAUUCCAACCUACGGCCAAUGCGGCGGCCAGUACUGGACCGGCCCCACCGAGUGCCAAGUUGGCACUACGUGCAAGGUGGAGUCCAAGUGGUAUUCGCAGUGCCUCCCCACAGCAUACUAGCUCCCCACAGCACCCCACUACAAUCGCCCGACAAGCGUCGAGUCUUCCUAGCUACCGCCAAUGGCACGACUAGCGUGGAGGAGUUUCCAAGCUAACAAACAUAUUUUUACUCACACUCGAG